CAUAAGCUCCACAGAGAGCAGAGAUAGACUGGGACUACGAUCAUCACAUUCUUUUACUCUGAUCUGAUGAAACACAAUCUGGUUCUCCAUGCCUUUGGGAGUCACCCCCAGCCCGCUGUGAUGCCCGUUGACCUUGCCAUGUAUCUGAGCCUGAGUCAGCGCCAGCCUCUUUAUCAGCUGCUGUCCAUGUCUCCUCUGAAACCCACACAACGUUAUUGUCAGCCAACUAACUGUCUGCCGAGGACCGGCCGUCAGUCUCCACAUCACUCCUCCUCAUCACUGCCCUCGUCCCCUGUGCCCUUAGAGUGCCCUCGGAGCUGUUUCCACAGGGACAGCAGCAGUGUGCACAAAAAGCGUGUGGUGUUUGCAGACACAAAGGGAUUGGCGCUCACUGCUGUGCGCCUGUUCAUCCCUGAGCCCUCUUCUCCUCCUUCUACUCUGGUGAUGAAACCCUCACCAGCCAUACUGCAGGGCCAACAGUCAACUUCAAACAAACUGCAGCGCUACAAGUUCCGGCUUGGUUUUCCUCAGCCAAUGCUGGACUUAAAAGCCUUCCUUGCACGUCUGAGAGAGAUGCAUGUACAGCUGGAAAGCUGCAGCAUUUCAGAACACUCCCUGAGUGGCAAAGUAUGUGUCUCCCAUGUGAGUAAUGAGAAGGCUGUACAUAUAAGGGUGACCUUUGACUCUUGGCGGAGCCAUCAUGACAUCCCCUGCACAUUUCUGCAGCAGCAACACUGUGGGGGUUUUGAUAUGGGUGUUUUUGCCUUUGACUUAAGCUUACCCCAGAACAUAGAUCCAAAGGAACACAUUGAGUUUUGUGUGUCCUACAGACCGGGACCUGGCGCAGCGCCCCACUGGGACGAUAACAGAGGGCAGAAUUACAGGGUGUGCAUGGAAAAAGAUGGAUCAGAUGCUAAUCAAAGCAACACCAACCGCUAUUACCCCACACUCUCCAAACAUCGGUCACCAUCUUGGCCUUCACAUGUGUCCCUCAGCAUGCAGGACUCUGCUGAUCUGCACUAUCUUCAGAGGAAUUUAUCAAGCAGAGUGAGAGCAGAGUGGAAAAGUCUGUGUUCAGCUAGGUAGACAAGUGAAAUCAACACUCAACAGAGCUACGAAGAUAUGUAAAUAAUGUGAAUAUAUAACAAAUAUUUAAGAGAGUGAGUGCUUUUAGGGAUCUAUAAACUUUCGGAAAUCUCAGUGUUGGAUGGUCUAAAGCCUAUUGUUUCAAAAACAGCUCACCCACUUGAGCUGAACUACCCUACUGAAAUGUGAAUGCUACAUAUUUCAUUAAUGUUCUGAUUAAAUCCAUU